UGCUGGGCUGGAUCCGAAUGGGCGAGUCGAUGCUGAAUGCCAGUCUGGUUAAUGCCAGUUCACUGUCGGAAGCUGAGCAGUUGCAGCGAGAACACGAGCAGUUUCAGAUGGCUAUUGAGUCCCUUUUCCACGCCAGCUCUCUGCAGAAGACUCACCAAAGUGCCCUGCAGGUCCAGCAGAAAGCAGAGGCGCUUCUACAGGCCGGGCACUACGACGCCGACGCCAUCCGGGAAUGCGCCGAGAAGGUGGCGAUGCACUGGCAGCAACUCAUGCUCAAGAUGGAGGACAGACUCAAGCUAGUGAAUGCCUCUGUGGCCUUCUAUAAAACCUCCGAGCAGGUGUGCAGCGUUCUGGAGAGCCUGGAGCAGGAGUACCGCAGGGAUGAGGACUGGUGUCGGGGCCACGAUAAGCUGGGACCCUCCACUGAGUCGGACCACGUGAUGCCGCUGAUCAGUAAACACCUGGAGCAGAAGGAGGCUUUCCUUAAGGCUUGUACGUUAGCGCGGAGGAACGCGGAAGUCUUUCUGAAGUACAUUCACCGUAACAACGUGAGCAUGCCCGGCGUGGCCCCCCACACGCGCGUCCCCGAGCAGCAAGUUAAAGCCAUACUGAGCGAGCUCCUGCAAAGGGAGAACCGGGUGCUGCACUUUUGGACCCUGAAGAAGCGGCGGUUGGACCAGUGCCAGCAGUACAUUGUGUUUGAGAGGAGCGCCAAGCAGGCUCUGGACUGGAUUCAGGAAGCCGGGGAGCAUUAUCUCUCCACUCGCAUCUCCCCUGGGGAAUGUAUUGAGGAGACUCAGGAGCUGCUGAAGGAAUACGAGGAAUUCCGGAUACCUGCCAAGCAAACGAAGGAGAAGGUGCGGCUGCUGAUCCAGCUGGCAGACAGCUUUGUGGAGAAGGGCCACGUUCACGCCACCGAGCUGAAGAAAUGGGUCACUACUGUCAACAAACACUACCGGGAAUUCGCUCUGCGUAUGGGCAAAUACCAUUGCGGCCUGCAGCGAGCCCUGGGCAUCUGCACUGAGGACACAAAGGACCUGGAGUUGGACAUUGUCCCUGCGAUUCUGACUGACCCGGAGGUGAAGCUGCGCGACGCCGGCCAUGAACUCAACGAGGAGAAGAGAAAAUCCGCCAGGAAAAAAGAAUUCAUCAUGGCGGAACUUCUACAGACAGAGAAAGCGUAUGUGCGGGACUUGCACGAGUGUAUGGAGACCUACCUGUGGGAAAUGACCAGCGGAGUGGAGGAAAUUCCGCCCGGAAUAGUGAAUAAGGAGCACAUCAUCUUUGGGAACAUUCAGGAAAUAUACGACUUUCACAAUAACAUCUUCCUGAAAGAGCUGGAGAAGUACGAGCAGCUGCCGGAGGACGUGGGACAUUGUUUUGUCACUUGGGCCGACAAGUUCCACAUGUACGUGACCUACUGUAAGAACAAACCCGACUCCAGUCAGCUGAUCCUGGAGCACGCCGGCUCCUUCUUUGACGAGAUCCAGCAGCGACACGGCCUGGCCAACUCCAUCUCCUCCUACCUCAUCAAACCCGUCCAGCGGAUCACUAAGUACCAGCUGCUUCUCAAGGAGCUUCUGACCUGCUGUGAGGAAGGGAAAGGGGAGAUAAAGGACGGGCUGGAGGUGAUGCUGAGUGUGCCCAAGCGGGCCAAUGAUGCCAUGCACGUCAGCAUGCUGGAAGGAUUUGACGAAAACCUGGACGUUCAAGGGGAACUUAUCCUGCAAGAUUCCUUCCAAGUCUGGGACCCCAAAUCCCUCAUCCGCAAGGGGCGCGACCGGCACCUCUUCCUCUUCGAAAUCUCCCUCGUCUUCAGCAAAGAGAUCAAAGACUCCACCGGCCACACCAAAUACGUCUUUAAGAACAAACUGCUGACCUCGGAACUGGGGGUGACGGAGCACGUAGAGGGGGACCCCUGUAAGUUUGCCCUAUGGUCGGGGCGCACCCCAUCAUCCGAUAACAAGACAGUGCUAAAGGCAUCUAGUAUCGAGGUGAAGCAGGAAUGGAUCAAGAACAUCCGGGAAGUCAUUCAGGAAAGGAUGAUCCAUUUGAAAGGAGCCUUGAAAGAACCCAUCCAGCCCCCCAAAACUCCAGCAAAGCAGCGCAACAACAGCAAAAGGGACGUACUGGAGGACGCCGAUAGCCAGGGGGACGGCAGCAGCCAACCGGACACCAUCUCCAUCGCCUCCAGAACCUCCCAGAACACCAUGGACAGCGACAAGUUAUCUGGGGGCUGUGAACUGACGACGGUUCUGCAGGAUUUCAUCGCUCUCCACAACAAUGAGCUGAGCAUUCAGGUGGGGCAAACCGUGGAGCUGCUGGAGAGGCCGAGCGACCGGCCUGGAUGGUGCUUAGUCCGGACCACCGACCGGAGCCCCCCGCAGGAAGGGCUGGUACCCAGCAGCGCCCUGUGCAUCUCCCACUCGCGGAGCAGCGUCGAAAUGGAGUGUUUCUUCCCUUCAGGCAAAGAUUCAUUUUCUGUCUCCGCGGCGGAAAAUGGGGGGAAGUCCGAGUCGGUGGCCAAUCUGCAGCCCCAGGCGUCCCUGAAUUCUAUCCACAGCUCCCCGGGCCCCAAACGCUCCACCAACACCCUAAAAAAGUGGCUGACGAGCCCUGUGAGGCGACUGAACAGCGGGAAGGGCGAGAGCAACAUCAAGAAGCAAAAGAAAAGAGACGGGCGCAACCUCGGCUCCCCCAGAGCUGGGGACGAGACCACCCCACAGGGAGACAGCGCCGAUGAGAAGGGCAAGAAGGGGUGGGACGAAGAGGCUGACGACGAAUCCCACACUCCGCUUCCUCCGCCAAUGAAGAUCUUUGAUAAUGACCCCACUCCGGACGACAAGUCCUCCCUGCUUGUGGUCCGGCAGAGCUCAGCGGAGGUGCCUAGUGCGGCUGAACUGGUCACUGCCAUAGAGAAUCUGGUCAGGAACAAGAUGACCAUUGACGGAGGUUCUUAUCGGGGCGCACAGAACAUAAAUGAAGGAUUUGUGAAUGAGGGUUUGGCCCCCUCGCCAGCUCCCAGGAACCACGAAGAGGAGCAAAAAGCCAAAGCACUCAGGGGCAGGAUGUUUGUACUGAAUGAGCUGGUACAGACGGAGAAGGACUAUGUCCGGGAUCUUGGGUUUAUGGUAGAGACGUACAUCCCCAAGAUGGAGGAGAGGGGGACCCCGGAAGAUAUGAACGGAAAAGACAAGAUCGUAUUCGGCAACAUCCACCAGAUCUACGAUUGGCACAAAGACUUUUACUUGGCAGAACUAGAGAAAUGCCUAUUGGAGCCGGAGAGGUUGGCGCAGUUAUUUAUAAAACAUGAGAGGCGGCUGCACAUGUAUGUGGUUUAUUGCCAAAACAAACCGCGCUCGGAGUUUGUCGUUGCCGAAUAUGACGCCUACUUUGAGGAUCUCAUGCAGGAGGUGAAUCCCAGAUUUACUGUCAGUGAUUUUCUCAUCAAACCGAUCCAAAGGAUAACUAAGUACCAACUGCUGCUAAAGGACUUCCUUAAGUACAGUCAGAAGGCGGGUUUGGAGUGUUCAGAAAUCGAGAAAGCCGUGGAACUAAUGUGCCUUGUCCCGAAACGCUGCAACGACAUGAUGAACCUGGGGCGCCUGCAGGGAUUCGAGGGGAAGCUGACAGCCCAGGGGAAGCUGUUGCAGCAGGACACCUUCUAUGUGAUCGAGCAGGAAUCGGGGGUCCAGUCUCGGACGAAGGAAAGGCGGGUUUUCCUGUUCGAGCAGAUUGUUAUUUUCAGCGAGCUCCUGCGGAAAGGUUCCUCCACGCCGGGGUACAUGUUCAAAAGGGGCAUAAAGAUGAAUUAUCUCAUCUUAGAAGAGAACAUUGACAACGACCCGUGCAAAUUCGCCAUUCGGAGCCGCGAGACGUCGGAGCGGGUGAUCCUGCAAGCGGCCAACGCCGACAUUAAACAGGCCUGGGUGCAGGACAUCGGGCAAGUGCUGGAGACCCAGAGGGACUUCCUAAACGCCCUGCAAUCGCCAAUAGAAUACCAGCGGAAGGAGAGCAACGCAGCCAUGAACAAGCCUCAGAUUGGCCGCGGGCCGUCCCCCACCGUUAGGCCUCUCUCCUCUACGCCCGUAGGGUGUGAAAAAGAUGUCACCAUCCCAGUGCGGAACCAGUCGCUACCAGCGCGGAAAAUACCUACCUCUAACGGCAGCGCCGGGUAUGAAAUGUACCCACGGGCGGAGAAAUGUGACCCAAACCAGAGCGAGCUGAGCGGCUGCAAUGGGACCAACUCCAUGGUGGUUGUACAGGAUUACUAUGCACUAAAGGAGAAUGAGAUCUGCGUGUACCACGGGGAGUUGGUACAGAUUCUGGCCAUCAAUCAGCAGAACAUGUUCCUGGUAUUCCGGCCGUCCAAUGACCAUUCCCCGGCAGCGGAAGGCUGGAUCCCGGGAUCAGUUUUGGGCCACAUUUCUAAACCUUCCGCAGAAAAUAGCGACAGAUCCAUCAAGACGUCAUGCUCUUGGCACACGCUCCGCAUGAGAAAACGGGACGGGACGGAGUCCAACGGCCCAUGUAAGAGGCAAGAGGGCCUGGGCAGCAUGGCGAAAGACCCCAAUAACAGUUCAGAGGAGUCUGAAUGCGAUGACCUUGACCCCAGUGCUAGUAUGGAGAUAAUGAACCCUAAUUUCAUCCAGGAAGUGGCCCCUGAGUUCCUGGUGUCCCUGGUGGAUGUCAUGUGUGUUCUUGGGGACACAGUCACCCUACAGUGCAAAGUGUGCGGCCGGCCGAAGCCCAGUGUCACCUGGAAGGGACCCGACCAGAGCAUCUUGGAUGGGAACAGCAACACCUACUCCAUGUCAACCAGUGAGUCUGGAGACAUCAAGCUGAAGAUCUGCCACGUGAUGCCCCAGGAUAGUGGCAUCUACACGUGUGUGGCCAGUAAUGAGCUGGGGGCAACCUCGACAUCUGCCACCAUCAAAGUGCAAGGGGUCCCUGGGGCCCCCAGCCAGCCGCUGGCUCAGGAGAGAAGCAGCACCUCCGUCAUCCUCCGCUGGCUGCCACCUACCAGCACCGGCAAUUGCACUAUAUCCGGCUACACUGUGGAAUACAAGGAGGAGGGUGCCCAACUAUGGCAGCAGUCAGUCGCCUCUACCCUGGAUACUUACCUCGUCCUAGAAGACCUGUGCCCUGGGGCCCGGUACCAGUUCCGCGUGAGCGCCAGUAACCCCUGGGGUAUAAGUCUGCCGAGUGAGCCUUCCGAGCCAGUCAGGCUUCCAGAAACUGAUACCAAUUCCAACGGAUCAACAAUUUCAUGGAAAGGAAACUUUGAGCAAGUCUACACAGAGCUGCAUGAGAUUGGAAGGGGCAGGUUCUCCAUAGUGAAGAAAUGUGCCAAGAAACAGAGCAGGAAGGACGUGGCGGCCAAAUUCAUCAGCAAGAAGCUAAAGAAGCGAGAGCAGGCGGCGCACGAGGCGACACUUCUCCAGCACCUACAGCACCCACAGUACAUUACCAUCCAUGACACCUUUGAGUCGGACGGUGCCUACAUCCUCAUCCUGGACCUCAUGGAAGAUGGCCGCUUGCUGGAUUACCUCAUGAAACACGACGAGCUGAUGGAAGAGAAAGUGGCGUUCUACAUGCGAGACAUCAUGGAGGCGCUGCAGUACCUGCACAGCUGCCGCGUGGCGCAUUUAGACAUCAAGCCGGAGAAUCUCCUCAUAGACCUGCGCAUCCCGGUGCCCAGAGUGAAGAUCAUCGACCUGGAGGACGCCGUGCAGAUAACGGGGCACCAUUAUAUCCAUCAGCUGCUGGGGAACCCCGAGUUUGCUGCCCCCGAGCUUAUCCAAGGGAGCCCCGUCUCUCUGGGCACAGACAUCUGGAGCUUGGGGGUGCUGACCUACGUCAUGCUGAGCGGGGUCUCCCCGUUCCUGGACGAGAGCAGCGAGGAGACCUGCGCCAACAUCUGCCGGGUGGACUUCAGUUUCCCCCAGGAGUAUUUCUCGGGGGUCAGUCAGGCUGCCCAGGACUUCAUCAAGGCCACGUUGCAAGGGGACCCUCGCUGGAGACCCACCAUCGCCACCUGUCUGCAGCACCCAUGGCUGCAGCCUCAUAACAACACUUACUCCAAAUUACCCCUGGACACCUCCCGCCUGGCUGGCUUCAUUGAGAGGCGGAGCCAUCAAAACGACGCCCAGCCAUUGGUCAAAACCAAGAGUCUCAUCAUUAGCAGGAACGUGGUGGGAACAUGACAUUUACAUAGAUGAAGUCCUAACUUAUCCUGGAGAGCAGGCCCGAGCCAGAGGGGGCGCUAUUUCAUUACAGGGAUUGUAGGAGGGGGCUAUGGUGCUAAAUUAGGGUCCAUAUCCAGCUGCCUCCCUGCCAAAAACUCUACAGAGAAGAUGGGACCCCCCUGGGUCCAAUUCUGUGGGCCGAGGUCCUGGGUGGGACCGGGGUUUAACCACGUUGCUGCUAGUCUGGACACUAAGGUCUCGUUUUUCAUUUUUACCACUCACUGUGCUUUGUUUCCCGUAUUUAUAAUAUUUGACUUAUUUUGUGCACAUUCUGUGAUUCACUCAAUUGGCCAAAUCGUUGGCAGUGCCCAAGGCACCAAUCCGUUUCCUUCACCAUUGAUAAUGAUCACAGCGAAUUCCUGGAAUGUGAUUGGCCAGUAGCACAAGGAAAGGCCUUUAUCAGCCAGUCAAAGACUAAAAAAGAGAUUUAACGAUUUCAAAUGUGAUUGGCUGCUGUUGGUGGGAAAGGCGGGGUUACGGUUGCACCAUGAGGAGCCCCAAAACCUGGAGGACAAGGGGUUUAGGCCCAAGGCUGUGGCUGGAACUGAACGUAUAUAUAUAUAUAUAUAUAUAUAUUAUACACACACAGAUACUUCUUGACAGUUUAUUUUUCCCAAAGGGUUUCAUGUACAGGGUGACCCCAAACUCCCCUGCGCCCCUUUACGCCUAUGGGGCCAAUGUGACCCAAUAAAUGGGUGGCACUAGGAAACUGGACUGAGUGGCCAUAAAACACCAGUGGAGCCUUAGAAAUAGCUGUUCCCCAGUCUCCCACUGAUUUAUUCCAACCCCACUGUGAUGGGGCUAUAAAGCGCUACAAGGGGCCACUACUUGCCUCCCGGGCCCCAGACUGAGGGCCCCACAGCUGCCAAAGCAAAGUGACUGCUCUGUUGGUGCAAAUAAGAAGCUCAGUUGGGGCUCAGAUUAAUUCUGGGGGAGUCCAUCUCUUGGAGAUUAUUGGAGGGCCCAGAGAGAGAUGAAUGAUUGGGGUAUUUUGGACCAAUAGCGAUAGAGACACUGAGAAAAACCGUAUGGCCACUCCCACUUCUAUUAAAACUGCAGAUAAGCCCCGCCCAUACAUUUUACCCCAUCUUACAAAUGGCUCAUUUAUUGCCCCUAAUUGUCACCAUAGGUCAAUGUUUUCAUUGUUACAGUCAGAGCUCUGGGCCAAUUGCCCUCCAAGUAACAUGGCACUCAGAUCCCUUCUGCCCCAAUGGGAAGAGGAAAAAGCCUUGAGAAGGGAACCAAUGGAAGGGAGGGAAUCGUAGAUAGGAGUUGGAUAAAGGGCCACGUGUCUGGGGUAGGUGCUGGGGUAGGUGCUGGGUGUUAGUUCAGCUCGGCCCCCUGUUCUAUAGGUAGAAAUACACUGCACAAGCAACGGAAAGAGUCUUGGGAAAAUACAUUGUGAAAAGGGCAGAGGGGAGAGUGUACCCCAGUAUGUAAUAUACUUACCCCCUGGGGGUAUUUUGUCUGGGGGUACCCUGGGCAAAUGUACAGCACACAAUAAAGUGUUCAACAAGA